CAGCUUUCAGAAAAUAAUGAACAUUGUAUUAGGAAUUGGAAACGUUACCUCACAUCUGUUCGCGUCGGCUUUUCCAUAAAAUCCUUCUAUUAAUGGCGCGUAUCAUUAUGUUAAAAAGAAUUGUGUAAAAUUUUAACAAUUUACUGCAACUACGUAGUGAAAUCUUAAUGAAACUAAUUCAAUUAAAUCAGUUACAUUUUGAUACGUAUAUCAAUAUCGUUUUUUUCUCUUCUUUUUAUUGUAUAAAGAAAUUAGUCGGCGUUGAAAUACCCCGAAGAGUUGCAAUAAUUUAUAAACACUUAUAAUGAUGAUAAAAAAGAAAAAAGAUAUGUGAUUUGUAAAAUAUGUAUGUAUAAAAAUGACAGUUCUGAUUUUUGAGAAAUGGUAAAUUAAGUUGUAACUGAAAUCUUACAAGUAUAGCGUUUGAUGGUGUUUGAAAGAAAAUGAAAUCCGAUUAAAACGAAAUUUAAGUUCGCGUAAUUCUUAGUUCAUAAACGCACGUACAUAAAGUACGUGAAAUUCUGCAUUUAUAUUUUUAUAACAGAAUACAUUUGUUAUGUUAAUACAUUUUUUCAUACCAUGGAUUCUGAAAAUUCUAUCAUGCUAGAAUCAUGCGGAGAGGAUUCACUUUUGAUUCAAACCGUAAAGAGCAUGGUGACUGAAAAUAGCCAUACCGAAUUGGAAAGUGAGGAAGGAUUUUUUGUAGUGACAAAUGUUCAAGACGAGCACCAAAAUGUGAUUGAAGUUUCAAAUGAGGAAUCAACGGUAACACAGUCUGAAGAACGAUUGUCUUGGUCUAAUUUGUGCAGAGUAUGCGCUAAUACCAAUGAUCAUAUAAUUCCAAUAUUUGAAGGGGAAGGAUUACAACAUGAUUUGUGUAACAAAAUACAUAAAUAUCUACCGAUACAGGUAUCUGAAAAUGAUACACUUCCAUUACAAUUAUGUUAUCAUUGUGCUGCUACAUUAUUAGCAUGGCACGAGCUAUCAGAAGGAUGUUUGAACGCGGAAAGAAGAUUGCUGGAAAUGCAAGAUGCUUUACAAGAAAAACAAAGUUUAGAAAAAUUGGAGGCUUCUACACAGGAGGAUACUACAUCUGUAUCUAAUGUAACAGAAUCUCUUCAUCAGCCACAAGAUACCGUAGUAAAGGAUGAAGUUUCGGAAGAAUCAUCUGUUAAUGAUUCGGACAGGUUUGGUCUACCUCGGAAGAAAUCCUUCACCGCGUACUGCUCAUGGCAGACGGCCGAUAACGAUUGUACAGUUCCUCAGAAAUUCGACGAGAUAAAUGUUCAAGAGAGCACAAACGAGACGAACGAAAGUACCGAUUCGUUCGACAACGACGAUAGUACGGAUUUCGAUAUGGCAGAAAUGAUAAAAACAUUGUCACCCCCUCGAAAUUGUUCGAACGAGACAGCGCCGUUAUUCAAAAUGUACGACGAUUCACAACGUACCGAAAGUCCCAAGGAGAAAAGCGUACAGGACAAAAAUCGGAAGAACUGGAAUUUAUUUCAUAAACAUAAAAGGAAAAGAGUGGAAUCGCAUCCCUGCGUGUAUUGCGAUUAUACAAGUAAAAAGAAGAAAUUACUCGAGUUGCAUUUGAUGGAAUCUCACCCGGAAUUCAACGGGAAGAAGGAUAAAAAAUUGAAAUGCGCCGAUCGCGAGACGGUGAUGCGUGCCAGAAUGGAGGUCGAUGGAAAAGUGUAUUAUCAUUGUAACGAAUGCGGUAAAAAUCUUUACUCGCCGUACACGUUUUCCUGGCAUGUACGUAUACACACAGGGGAACGUCCGUACACUUGUCAUCUUUGCGGGAAACAAUUUCGCGUGAACCAGGGCCUGGCAAGACAUUUGCGGGACACCCACGCGGGGAUUAAGAAUGUUCCUUGCGAUAUCUGUGGACGAAUGUUCUCUACGAAGCGCAACGUCGAGGAUCAUAAACGAAUUCAUACCGGUGAACGACCGUACGUUUGCAACGUCUGCGGAAAAUCAUUUAAGCAGAAAGCUUCUCUCUUCGUGCACAAUCGUACUCACUCGAACGUAUUUCCUUUCAAAUGCAAUCACUGCGAGCACAGCUUUCGAACGAGACCGUCGCUUAUGGUUCACAUAACUAAACACACCGGUGAGAAGCCGCACGCGUGCGACAUAUGCGGCCGAUGUUUCCGUAUAAAAUACGAGCUGAAACGACACCGACUGAUACAUUUCGACGAGAAACCGUGGCAAUGCAACGAGUGCGACCUUUCGUUUCGACAGAAACGCUAUUUAGUUAAUCAUAAGAAAAGUAAUCAUAGUACAACCGCAUUCGUGGCUUCUGUGAAGUAAUUUAGCAAUGCUCUCUUUUCAGGUGUAAUUGUGAACUGAUGAAACUCGAUGUUAAACAGGAGCCAAGCGUUUCUGGCAAGAAAAUGAAAAUACGGAAAGACGUGAUAACGAUUUGAGAAUGCUACUGCUUUCAGACAGUGAUUCGAGUAAAAUAAUGUUCAGAAGAAUCGAGAGGAAUUGGCACGAAAAUAAUUGACCACCUCGCAUCGAGGAAAAAUCAUACAUUUGUCAUCGAUGCGGGAAAAGCUUUCGUUGCCCGUCUGGGCGGACACAUCUAUGACGUUCAAGAGAAAUUAAAAAAGUUUUCUUGGCAUCGGUAGCUCUGAGACAUCUAUAGAAGAAUCUGUACAGGAGAAAGAUUUCAAAAUCGUAGAAACAAAAGGCAUCUCUGCACGUUCAUAAAUAAUUCAAUUAAAAAAAUCUUUUCUCACAAAUGUUCCUUGUGCGAGAAAAAAUAGCAAAGGGCUGUACCUAGUCGUAAACGCGUUUGCAACGAGCAACAGUGUAACACGUUCGUCUCGUAUGAAAUUCAAUGAAGAACGUAUUCGAAGAACCGCAGCAAGAAUUUACAUAAGACUUAGCAUUCGAUCAGCAUGAUAUCGACAUGUUUAUUUUGCAGGUGGAAGACCGACACUGACGAGAUCGUACAAAUGCCUACAGUCGAUAGCGAAAGUACAAACGCUGAGGAGGUAGAAUACAUCCAAUGCGCUCAAUGCGAUGUCGUCUUCGUAAACAUGAAAUAUUUCAUAGAUCAUAUGAACG